CUGGGGUCACACUGAUUCUCCCCUAGCUGUGUUAGUCAUGGGAGCUUUGUUUGGGAAAAGUAGCAAAAAGACGGGCCCCAGUCGGAUAACCGACCACGACAAGGCUGUCCUGCAACUGAAGCAACAACGAGACCGUCUCAAACAGUACCAGAAGCGCAUUGAGCUGCAGCUGGAAAAUGACAGGCUCCUCGCCAAGAAGUGCCUGCAGCAGGGCCGGAAAGACCGGGCCAAACUGCUGCUGCGCAAGAAGAAGUACCAGGAAAGUCUGCUGACGAACGCGGACAAGCAGCUGGAUAAUCUGGAGAAACUGGCUGCCGACCUGGAGUUCGCCCAGGUGGAGAUGAAGGUGCUGGAUGGCUUGAAGCAGGGCAAUGCAGCGUUGAAGAAGGUGCACGAAAUGCUGGACAUAAACGAAGUGGAGAGGAUCAUGGACGAGACACGAGAAGGCAUCGAGAAGCAGCAGGAGAUAGACGCUAUUCUGACGGACGUACUGACGCCUCAAGACGAAGAGGACGUACUGGCCGAAUUGGACGCCCUCGAGGCGGAAGAAGACGGCGUCCAGUUGCCGGAAGUGCCCACCGAGGUGCUGCCACCAGUCGAUGAUGAUGAGGCGGCAGCAGAGGAGAAAGCAGAGACCAAAGCGAUCGCCAGCAAAACGAAGAAAGUCCUGGUGGAGGCCUAGAUCCGAUUUCAAUUGAUACCAAUGCCAUUUUGUACGUAUGUGUAUGUAUGUUUGUAUAGCCAGCAACUAAAUAUCUCUAUAAGUCCAAUGUGAAAUACAUAUUUUUCUAGAAUC